UCCCCCAUACGUACCCUCCCUUUCAAUCAAAGACAACAUUUCUUCCCUCUUUACUUCCUUCCUUCUUCCCAUUUCUCCCAGUACCAAACGCAAGAAAAAAAACAGAAAGAAAGACCCAAUUUAACUUCCCAACCUGUUCGUUCCAGACUCCUCUUCACAUCUUACUCUUUCUUAAUUGGCUUCCCAAACACAAUUGGACAUGAGGACGCUGUGCCCCAACUUGGAUAGAGAAGAUGCACUGGAAACGGUGCUUGAAGUUCCCAUCCCGGAAGAGAUUUUUGCUUCCACCAAGAACAGGUCCUGGCAAAACGUGAAAUCCUGGAUGAAGUCCCAUACUGAAAGGUCACCUGUUUCCCUCUUUGGUGGCAGAAACACGGAGAUUCAGCUCCUGCUCGGUGUCGUUGGCGCUCCUUUAGUCCCCCUGCCCAUCUGCUCUGAUCGCUAUUCUUUUAGCAAAAGCAUCAAAAACCACCCCAUUGAGACUUCAAUGGCUAAAUACAUAGUGCAACAGUACAUGGCAGCUGCGGGAGGAGAAAAUGCUUUAAACUCAAUCCAUAGCAUGUACGCGAUGGGAAAAGUCAAGCUGGCCACAACAGAAGUUGUUGCCGGGGAAGGUCUGAGUAUGAGCUGUAACAACACGAGCAACGGUAAGGCUUCGAAGCUCAAGAGCACGAAAAGUGGACCAGGGGAAGUGGGAGGAUUUGUGUUGUGGCAGAAAAGGCCCGAUUUAUGGAGCCUGGAAUUAGUGGUGUCUGGUUGUAAGAUCAGUGCUGGUAGUGAUGGCAAGGUGGCUUGGAGGCAGACCCCAUGGCAUCAUUCCCAUGCAUCUCGCGGUCCACCAAUUCCAACUAAUCGAUUCUAUUGAAUCAUCCUCCAACAGGGUCUUGAUCCAAGGUCCACGGCCAACUUAUUCUCCAAUUCCAUCUGCACUGGUGAGAAGACUGUCUAUGAUGAGGAUUGCUUUGUACUAAAACUCGAGGCAGAUCCUUCAACACUCAGAGCCAGAAGCAGCAGCAAUGUGGAAAUAAUCAGACAUAGUGUUUGGGGCUACUUCAGCCAAAGAACAGGCCUGCUAGUCCAGCUGGAAGACUCUCAUCUCCUGAGAAUAAAAGCCCCUGGAAACGACGUUUUAUGGGAGACAACAAUGGAAUCCACGAUACAAGAUUAUCGGACUAUUGAUGGUGUUAAUGUAGCCCAUGCUGGAAGAACAUGCGUAUCGCUGUUGAGGUUCGGAGGAAACUCUGAAAGCCACACCAGGACGCGGAUGGAAGAGGUUUGGACGAUUGAAGAAGUUGAUUUCAACAUAAAGGGACUCAGCAUUGAUUGCUUUCUGCCUCCAGCCGACUUGAAGAAAGAAGAUGAAGGCUGUGGCAUUGUUCCUAGCAGCAGGGUAUCACGAAAUGCAAAAUCGCCCUUCAAGGUUCGACCAAAUGCUUCUUCUAGAGUCAGUGCAGCAGCAAAGAGUGCUGCAAAAGUUGCGGCCAUCGAUGAGGAUGAUCUAGAAACAAUCGAAGAUGACGACGAGGAAUUGUAAAUUUAGCCUGUGGUUAUUUUUGUACAUACAGAACCACGGUACAGUACACUGUAUGACAUUAUUAUAGAUGUGCCUAGGGUGCGUUCGAGUUGAGUCGAGUUUGAGUAGUGCUCGAGGUAAAAUAACUAAACUCGAGAUCAAGCUCGAGCUCGUCGAGCUUUUAGAAUUCGAGCUCGAACUCAAACUCGAUAUCAAUUUACGUUA